CUGAAUUAUAGCUUAUUAACACAAUAAAACCUUUAGCUCUGAUGUUGAACUAGCUCCCUCAACUGACUGAGUAAUGAAAACAUGGACGCUGUCGAGGGUUUGAAGGUACCACAACGCUACGCUCAGGUGUACAAGAAACAUCUGUUAGCAUUGGGUGCUUUGGAUCGCCAGCACUGUUUACAAAAACACUCGGAUGGAACAGUGACUCUUCCAAUACUUACUUCCACUCUCUGCCAAACCGAUCUGCUUACACUUAAGAACACUGUGGAUCCAAAUGGCUGCUGUGAGAUCAUUCAAAUACAGGUUCCUCAACUAUCCAAAAAAGGCAAAGUGAAGUCUGGUCAAGAGAAAAUGAUUGAGGCUGUGCAGGAAAUAGUGACAGCUAAAGGAGAGAAAUGGAGUAAAGAAUUAGAGGAUGACCUGCCAAGUGGAUGGCAGCGACAUGGAGAUUUGAUUUUGUUUGGUGAAGGAUGCUUCUCACAAACAGUCUGGGAAAAAUUUGACUCUGAGCUGUGGUGGACUGUUGCGGAAGCACUGGGAACAAAGCGUCUAGCACAGAUCAAAAAGAUUUCCCAGGAUGGGUAUCGAACCCCAGUGGUUACAAUGCUACUAGGAGAAAAUGGCUAUGUAACACACAUCGACAACCACAUCAGGUAUGAAUUUGAUGUCACCAAGUGCAUGUUCUCCUUUGGAAACAUCACAGAGAAACUAAGAAUAGCCUCCUUCAACUGCAAGGGUGAGACGGUGGUUGACCUGUAUGCAGGAAUUGGCUACUUUACUUUGCCCUAUCUGGUACAUGCUGGUGCUGCCCAUGUGCAUGCCUGUGAAUGGAACCCGGAUGCAGUAUCUGCCCUGAAACGGAACUUGCAGCUUAAUAAAGUAGCUGAUCGUUGCACUGUGCAUCAAGGAGACAACAAACAACUUGCACUGAGUGACCUAGCUGACCGGGUGAAUCUUGGCCUUAUACCAAGCUCUGAAGCGGGCUGGCCUGUGGCAUGCCGUCUCCUGUGUAGGUACACUGGUGGAAUGUUGCAUAUCCAUCAGAACGUCACCAUGCCAAUCCAGCACACGAAGCAUCAAGAGUCCUGUGAUUCUCUGCCUGAGAAAGAGAGAACCGAGAAUGGCUUUUCAAAAACCUUGAGCAAUAGAGAGGUGUGGAAUGUGUGGGCCAUAGAGACAGCGAGACGCAUUUACACACUUUUGAGAGAAAUCACUGGGAUUGAGUGGAGGACUAGCAUAAAGCAUAUAGAGCAUGUGAAGUCGUACGCACCACAUAUAGAUCACAUUGUGCUGGACCUGGAAUGUAGACCAAUGUAAUAUGUAAUAGAAUGUAAUAAUUAAGUGGUUUUUACCUGACGAAUUGAACACAAUAAACAAAGGUAAACAUGUAA